ACGGAUUCUUCAUCGAGAGCAGAAAUCAGCAGGUGACCACGUUGGAUCUCGCGGCGUUGACUGCCUACGGGGGCGUUUCGGGACCCAGGGUCGCGGUGGCGGGCACCGGGGUCCUUGCGCUGCCCUGCUUGCUACCCGACAAGGGUUUAUCAUCGCCCGGAGGCCAGUCGAAGUCAAAGUCCGCAGGGCUGGCGGGUCUCGACAGCGAGGCGGUGCGCCGGUGGGUCGCGGAGGCCACGCGAACCGUCCGGCAGAUCCCGCCUUCGGUAGUAGUGCCUGCAAGUUCUCCGCAACAUCAGCAACAACAACAUCAUCGUCAAUCACAACAGCAGCAUCAGCACCAUCAUCAUACUACCCACAGGCAGCGUCAAGAACCCAGCCCACCGUCAGUGGGACUUUCUCCCUUCGUUCUACCAGUAUCGAUGACGCAGACCCCCAGCAUGCGUCUGCUGGAGAACAACAACUUGGUCGAAGUUGCCAUGGCCCAGCAGCAACAACAGCAACAGUCCCAGCAGUCGACACAGAAACAGAAGCAGACAAGUCCCACAAAUAACAAUACUAUAGAAGCCUGGAGACCGAUUCAGGGCGGUCAUCAGUGGUGGAGUCCGCCCAGUAGUAUUCAGCAAGAACAGCAGCAGCAGCAACAGCAGCAGCAGCAAGUAUCGUCGAUCGCACAGGUUUCUCAACCGCAAAGUCUGGUGGCCGGAUCGGUAUGUGGUCAGGUGCAGAAGCAUCAGCCGCAAGUGCAAUCGGAAAUCGAUCAGCCGCUCGACUUCUCUGUUGCUCCCUGCAGUGGCUCCCUGCAGCAGCAGAGGCUGCAUUCGCGCGUAAGGACUAUUCACGAGAGACUUCAGGGUAAGAUGCAUGACAACAACAACGGAACGAGUAGCCAGAAGAUCACCAAGGGAGACGUUAGCAGGCGAAGCUAUAGCCCCAGUGAAGCUAGUACCAGUAGCAGCGAAGACGAGGGUGUUUCUACUGGCGGCAGUCCUACGGGACCUCUUCGGGGUGCCUCGGAUUCGUGCGAACCCGUUGCGGAGCGACCUUACGGUAAAGUGUGGAUAGGCGACAAUGAUGUCUCGUGGCGAACGGACCAGUCUUUCAAGAGGACAUCACCCUUAAAUCCCUGUGCCACAACGACUACCACAACGACGACAAGCGGUGGGCCACUGACACAUCCCCACCUGUCGCCACCCGUAACCACCCCCGAUCACAGAAGCCCCAGUAGCAUGCACGCGAAGCUUGGCAUCUCACCCGGUAGCGACGCGCUCGGCCGAAUCGAUAAGGAGCCAACCUCGCCAGAAUCCAUACAAGACGCAGAUUUGCACGGCGACGUCGAUGGUCCUGAACUCAGCGGAGAUGACAGGAGUAUCGCAAGUGACAUCCAAGAUGCCACCGAGGCGCAUCUUGAUAAUGACUCCGUGGACUCGGAUAGGGAAGCUCUCAAUCUGGUCACGGAUGUCUCGCAACGUAACAGCAGCAGCGGUACCAGCGGCAGCGCAUCCUCACCGAGUUCCGGAAUCAGCAGCCAGCUCACGGGCAGUCACCAGCAACAACACACGCCCGGCCAACAGAACAAUAGCAGUUCGCAGGCUGCGCUGACCGCUCAAUUGAUCAGUCAGCAAUUGCAAAUGAUGCACGGUUUAGGGACCCAGGAUAUCCAAGCGCUCGCCUCGACGCUGCAGCAUCAUCAGCUACAGCAAUUACAACAGCAAUUACAACAAAUCGCCAUGUUUCAGGCUAAUCCCGCGGCGGGACAGAUUCCGCCGUUCUUUUUGCAAAAUCAGGGGCUGUUGCAGAGCGGUGGCUACCCAACAAGACCGAGUCAUCCGCGCUCACAGUCCAUGCAGGUGCAAGCGGCAGCGCAGUUGCUACAAGCAACUAAGCAGCAGGCUCUUCAGAAUAGCGGCAAUUUGGUCGGGCGAAGUUUGGCGCAAAGAUCAUCGCCACCACCUAGCACACCACCAGCAGUAAAACCGACAAGAUUAGAACCCUCGCCAGAGGAAACAACGGACCUCGAAGAGCUAGAACAGUUCGCCAAAACGUUCAAACAAAGACGGAUCAAGCUUGGUUUUACUCAAGGUGAUGUUGGACUUGCCAUGGGCAAACUCUACGGCAAUGAUUUUUCCCAAACAACGAUCUCCAGGUUCGAAGCCCUGAAUCUUUCCUUCAAAAACAUGUGCAAGUUGAAACCAUUGUUACAAAAGUGGCUAGAGGAUGCCGAUAAUUCAUUGAACAAUCCCAAUUCUCUGACGAAUCCACUUACGACACCGGAAGCGAUUGGCAGGCGGCGGAAGAAGAGAACGUCGAUAGAGACCAGUGUGAGAGUGGCUCUUGAAAAAGCUUUUAUCCAAAACCCAAAGCCCACGUCCGAGGAGAUAACCAUGUUGGCGGAUAGUCUUGCGAUGGAAAAAGAAGUAGUUCGCGUGUGGUUUUGUAACAGGAGACAGAAAGAAAAGAGAAUCAAUCCGCCAACGGCUGCGAUGGGCAGUCCGACGAUGACGUCGCAGGCGCCUUCGGUGUUUGCCUCCCUUGCCAAUUCUAUCUCUGGCAGUCCUUUAGCGCUUACAACGCACUCCUCCAACACCGGCCACUCGCAUCCUCAUUCAGCACCCAUACCUCUUGCUUUAGUAACUUCGUCAGGUGGUAAUUAUCAUCCGUUGAACAAUAAGUCCCACGAGUGACACCAGCAAGUGACCCAUCAAGGGGACACUCUUUAUCAUCAGCAUCAUCAACAAUCGCAUCAGCAACAGCAGCAUCAUCAACAACAAGCACGACGCUUGUGCAAUCUACCGGAAUUCUAUCAUUAGCUGAUGAUCCGAUUUUUUGAAGCCAUUAAUCAAGGUAACGUUCGGAGUAUUGGAUCUCGAUCUACAAACGGACUUCCUUAUUCUUUGUUUAUUAGCAUUGAGUUAAUUUAUCCAUUCUUGAGCUCCUCUUCGAUUCUAGUUUAUAUUUUAAUAUUUCGAUUAUGAAAAGAAAAUCAAGAAUAGACAAGUUAACUCGGCAAAAAGCGUCAUUUAUGAUGCUAUCAAAUUGAAUUCGAUGCAAGAAUACGAUUGAUACAGUUCCAUACAGGAAAUAAAGAAUUUAGGAAAAACAUGAUAAAGAGCAUCCGGAUAAAGACAGUGGUAAUCAAUUUUAUAGGUGAUUAAUUGAGGAGUGAUUGAAUGGAAGAGUAAAUGAAAUAAAAGUAAAUGAACGAGACAAAUCUAAAUCUUUGUUGAUCAUUAAAUCAUCCGCAAUUGUUAUAAGCAUUUAUAAAGGGUAUACGAAGACACGCUGCGUAUUAAAUGUAGCAUGAAUAUUAAUCUGCACUUUUAAGUAUACGGAGAGAACUAAUAAUUAAUUAAUUUUGAAUGCAUUAAUGUGCACUAGAGCACAUUAAAGACUGUUGUAUAAAAAUUGAUAUAAUAAGCAUAGUAUACAUAAACAAUUAAACCCGGUGUUCAGCAUAAGUUAUUACAUAUUUUUUCAUAUAUCAUAUGCUGCACAUUUUAUCAAUCGAAGACGUUUAUGUUUAUUAUGUUAUAUUUACACCGACAUAAAUAUUAUAUAACACACUUUUUAAUUUGUAAUAGUGCAAAUUAAUAUAUCUGUGCACAAAUUCGUUAUAAGAUUUUUUAUUUGUAUAUGAUAAAUAUGAAAGAUUAUUAUUAUUAUUAUUAGGACAAUUUUUGUAAGCAGAAUAACUAAACAAUAUCUGGAUACUAAAAUCGCUUUGACCGUUAUUCAUUUCUUGAUUUAAAUGUGUUAUACACUUCACCCCAUGGUAUUAUAUCAUGACUUCACCACGAUUGGAAAUGUUAUUUAAAAAAAAUAACGCGUUACCAUUAUUGUUUCUUAGAAAGUAACGAUUAGUUACUUUUUUGUAAUGCUAGUGAGAUAUUGAAUUUUAAAACUACAUUAUUUAAAAAUCAAUAUUAAAAGUUAAAACUCCAAACUAUAUCGCAUUUUUUAUAUUAAAUUUAUCUAAUAAUUUUUCUAAUGUUUUAUAUUAAACAUAAACUAACUGUAAUUAGCAGUUGAGAAUAAAAGAACCGAUUUUUUUAUACUCAAUUAUCAAUUAUCAUUAGUUUAUGUUUAAAAUUCUAGAGAAUUGAUCAUUGGUUUAUUAAUUUUAUAUUAAUAUUUUUACUUUUUAUACACAUCUAAUUUUUUAUACUUAUCUUUAUUUUUUAUAUUUAUCUUUAUAGAAAUUUAGAUAGUAAUUCACAAACACAAAUUUUAUUACCAAUUUUUAUUAAACGUUGUUUAAAUAAUAUUUUUUAAACAUUACUAUUAUUAUAUUAUUAUAUUACUGUAUUAUUAAUUUCUAAUAUUCAGUAUUGAAUCUGUCAGUACUGAAAAUCUGUGUGAUUCACAUUAUAUAUAUACUAUAUAGACUUUCAGUAUUGAUAGUAAUAGCAGUGAUUAUUAAAAUGCAAUUUAAAAUAUAAAGUACAAAAAAUAUUUUUCAAUAUUUAAUUUAAUAUUUAAUUUUAUUUAAUUAUAAAAUAUUAAAUAAAAAAAAUUACAAUUGCAUUUAUGUUGCACGUAAUCAUUGAUCUGGCACCGAUUAUAUUUGCACACUGAAAACGUGUACAAAUCUAUUGAGUAAGUACAAAGAAACAAAAAGAAAUUGAAACAACGGUAAAAGAAUAAUGGCUGAUUUCAUUACUGUAAAAAUGUAUGUAACGAUAUUAUAGACAGAAAAAAGUAACAAUCGUUACAAAAAAAAAAGGAUUACGAUAAUGAUAACGGCGUUACAAGUAACGCGUUACUUCCCAAACCCGCAAUUCACGAUUUUAUGGGUACAUUAAUUAUUGGAAUAACUUUAAUUCUAUGUAAUUUUCUACGCUUCAAAGAACGUAUAAAAUGAAAUGACAUGUUGGAAUAUCUUUUUUUUUCUCAUGUAGAAACGACGAACAGAAAUUAUGUUCUUCUGCAAACGAAACAAACUGACUUUAUGCUUAUAUAUUGUGUAUUGUCAAUAUAGAAAAAGUUGGACAAUUUUUAAUUGCAACGUAAUUGAUAUUAAUAAAAGUAUCAAAUUAUGUUUUGACAUAUUUAUAUGAACAUUCUUUAUCACAAAUACAAAGUAUAAAUAAUUUUAUAUGAGUUUUACAGGAUUACUUCUCAUAUAUUUCAAUUAUGUUUCGAAAAGUAAUAACGAUUGUCUUUUUUUUAAUACCUUGACGAGAAAGUGCUAAUCACUUGUUAUUUGACAAAUUCAUUAAUCAAUUUGAAUGCAGUGUUACUGAAAAUUAUGAUCAACGAACAAAUUCUCGACUACUUUAUUAAUUAAUUACUUCCAAGAGGUGUGCGAAUCAAGCAUUUGUGAGGUCGAAUUAAGUCGAUUGGAAUCUUUGAUAUCAUAUUUGAAAUCGAAUUGAAUCAAAGCUAAAAUUUUCACGUCGACUCGAAUCAAAUCUUAUUAAUUAGAAUACAAAUCGAGUUCGAAUUAAAUUUUCUCAGAUUAUAUUAUAUACUAAUUUAAAUGUAAUAAAAUAUUUUCAACGAGAUAAUUAAUCGCAAGAAUUUUAAGAAAUAAAUUUUAUGAAAAAAAUGUGCUAGAAAUUUAUAAUAGGUAUUAGACAAUAAGUGUGAGAGUAUUAUAUUGAUAAAUGAGCAUUGAGUACGUAUACAAAUUACAAUGUUAUUAUCGAAGUGAUGGUAUUUCAAUACACUUCAUUAGGAAAAUUAUAAUGGAGCAAUUAAAAAUUUUGUUUUAAAUUUAAUAAGAUCGUGAUACGAUCUAUGAAAUGUUGAAACAAACUUACAAAAACUAUUGUUUAUAAUAUACAUUAUUUUGUAUAUUUAAUUUUUGUACUUGCCUCUAAUUUUUGUAUACCUAAUUUUAAUUUAUAAGAUUUAGAAAUGAUAAAAAUUUUGGAAAUUGACCAUUACAAUUGGUAGGCGCUGAUAUAAAAUUGAUUGCGCAGGAGAUAUAAAUGCAAUAAUUAAAAUAAGCGAUCGAUUUGAAAUUGAAUUAUUAGUGAUUUGGAAUUUUCACAUUAUUCGAAUUCGAUCUUUCACAUUCGAUUUGAAUUCACACACUUCUUUGAAUUCCCUAAUUAACUCCAUUAAAAGUGACUCACUAGCCACAUAGAUGUUUGAAUUAUUUAAAUUACAAUAAAUCAGGUAGCAAAAUUACUUUGCUUUUUUUUCUUUUCUUUAUCGUAAUAUACUUUUGAGAUGACUUUAUUCGAUGGCGCCUUUGCUUCCAACAGGAAGACUCGUGGCGUCUCAAUGAUAAAAUAGCGGCAUCCGACAAUACAAUUGUACAUAUAUACAUACGUAGGCGUGUCUGUCAUCGUAUCGUACAUAUCUGUGUCACAGGGCUGUAUAUAUUAAUACGAUUUAAGACCGAAUGUUACCGAGGAUGCAACGCGAGAUGUUCGUGUACCGAUCUCCCACAACGCGAGUAGCAAUGUUGCGCACUUGCAUCCUUGAUGAGAAGAAUUUUCGCGACAGUUACGAGCGGUUAUUUAGCGGUAGUUAGUAAUAUUGUAGAUAAUGCGGUACCUAGUUAAUACGUAAUGUAUAUACGAUCAUAUACACUAAGUGGCGAAUUACAUGCAAGCGUGCGUGCACUCGUACAUCGAGACGCAGUGGAGAUUCGGAUGCUUCCGACAUUUUGCGUUAUAUAUAUAUUUUUUUCGUGAGAGUACACAGCAGAACACGUAAUAUGUAUUUUUUAAUGCGAGUGCUUUAAUAUAUUUUAAUAUAUAUAUUUUUUUGUACAUAGUUUUCUUCAGUAUAUUAGAUAGAAUUUUUCGCACUCUGCUGUGACUCUCGCUCGAUCCGUUUCCGCUAACACUUUCGGUGAUUAAUUAAGGGCUAUGAUUUUAGAUUAUAGGCCAGGAAAAGUGAUAUACCAAUCAUAUACUUAUUCCUAAAACCCUUGCGUGUGUAUAGAUUCCAUUGUCAUUGAAGAAUUUUGCGUAAAAAUGUAUACAUAUACAUAUAUAUAUAUAGUAAAUAUAAUUUUAUUGUAAUACACGUAAGUUAUCGACUGUACGCGUCAUAGUAUAUACAAAAUCCUUACAUGCAUCUGCGUAUACAUAUAUAUAAAUGUAUAAACGGACAUUGUAUAUAGAUCAAAAUAGGAGAUUGCGAAUAAUUAAGAACUAGCAAUGUGUACUGUUAUCAUCAUUAUCAUCGCAUCAUCAUUAUCAUAUUAUUGAGAUCACUAUGUAGUCACAAUACACGUCACUGUUGUUAAUGUCGCUUGUAUAAAUUACCAUGCGACUUUUUACGUACAGACAGUGUUUUACUUUUCUAUAACUGUAUGUAAUUACACAUGAAGUAAAAGCGUGCAUGUUGUCAUUAUUGCAUAAUUCGAUCAUUUGCACGGUGUCUGCAUUAUUGCGUUCUGCUUGCAAAAUAAUUUCAAACGUAACAAUAUUUUGAUAUGUGUGACAAAUUACGUAGUUUCUUUCUGAAAAUUGUUGCUUUAACAAAGUUUGAGAUCGCGGAAAAUUUAUACAAAUGUACUAGAAAAUUCCUCUAUGAUGAGAACUGUUGGGUCGAAUUGUUACAUCACGCGAUAUAAGCAACAUCUGAUAAGACUUCGUCUCACUUCAUACUUCAUCUCAUUUGUUAUCCUUAAACCUGAACUCCCAGACUCGUGGACCAAGCUGUAGCGAAAAUACACUGUCGACAAAAACACGCGCACGCGGACAGAAAGGCGAAUUAUACUAAGAUAAAAAGAGAGACGCGAAUAAAAAGAGUUCCUAAGACCGCACAUCCAUUGGCAAGUGGUGAAAACAAUGAGUGAAAAGAGGACAGGGAGGGAGGUAGAGAAUACGAUAGCUCAGAAGGAAAUCAGAAAGAGGAGACAGUUAAGCAAAGAGAGUCAUAAAAGCGGGGAGGUUAUCGAUUUUUAUUCGUCAACAGUUUAUAGAUAAUUAAUACGACAAUGUAGAAAUACAGUCCUCCACUCCUCUCCUCGCUACGGCAUCAAUUGAUUUACUCGUUUGCUAUGUAUAUGUUGUAAUGCGUUUGAUAGACGUAAUUCGCAAAUGGAUAGAUGCAUUUUAUUGUAUUAGUUACAUCCAUCAAUAAUUAUUAUUAGUUAUUAUUAUUUCAUUAUAUUUUAACUUUUAUUAUUUGAGAAUAAAAAAGCUAGAAAGCUUUCAGUUACAGCAGUAUUUUUUGUUUGAUUUUCUAUAGCUCCUUAUCCCUGUAUUCCUUUCAAGUUACAAUUUUAGUUUGUAUUCUUGUAAAAAGAAAAUAUAUAUGAGAGGAUCACUUUCGAUGGCAAAUGUCUAUAUGUUUUAAUUUUGAGAAUUAUUUCUUUCUUUUUAUUGUUUAUCGCAUUUGUGAUGUCGCGUUAGAAAUGUAUUUUUCUCCUACCGUCCUGUCAUUUUCAUCUAUGUGUGUAUAUACUAACUGUAUAUAUAAUUUAGUAGUGGAUAAAUAAUAUUCGAUUCGCCAUAUAUAUAUAUAUGCGUUAGAGCUAAUUUACGAUCAGAUGGUAUAAAAAGCAGGAAAAUACAAGAUUAAAAUAUGAUGAAGCAAUUCUUAAUUCCAAAUUAAUAUUUACAACUAAACAUUUUCGGCAAUGUUAACAAUUGUAUAAUUUAUAAAUACAUAAAAAAGAUAAAAUGUACUCAUACGACAGUGAAUUAUUGAAGCAACAUAUUUUAAAUUAAAACUGUACAGUCAUUUUUUAUAAAAUAUUAAUUAAAUUUUGACAAAAAAGAACUACACAAUCUCCUGCCUUUUAUUUUCAUCUUCGUCAGAAUUGGCUCAAGGCGAUUCUAGAUGUUCAGUAAUUAGGAGAAGAAACGAAGCUACAAAGCUCCGGGUAUACCAAUUAGUCGACUACUUGUAGAAGAAUUUAUACUUUCGACGUAAGACGUGCAAUUGGAUACUUUAAAGUAUGACAGGAUUAAAUGCCAAAUUUCGAACAACUGAGCUAGACUGGCCUACUUUAAAAAAAAAUAUUUAAAAAAUAUACAUUUAAUUCUUUUUAAUAAUUGUAGAAUUUGCCUUGUACGUAAAAUUUGAGGAAACUUAUCUAAAUGUUCAUUCUUUGAUUGAGGAUAAUUCUACUUAUUAAAUUGGAUCAUGCAUUUUUGGCAUUUUACAUUUUAAUUUAAAGUGCCCAAUUUGUCGACGUCUUCGUGGAAAAUUAUAAGAUUACCAUAAGUUUUAUUAACGUUCGAUGUGUAAUAAUACGUUAUCACGAGGCACAUAACAUAAUCGUGUAAGGGUAAUACGCGAAGAGCACGGUAUGACAGUUCUUAAAACGUCGCGACGAUCGGAAACUCUGUUCAAACGAGAACGAUAAAUCGUUUAACUAUUUUGUACUAAGAAUUAUCGAGCGCGAACAUGAACGACGGUGUCGCGAUUCGCGAACCUUUCCGUCGGCGGACUGUAAUAAUUAGACAAAUUUCCUGCUAACGCGUGUCUGCAGCCAUCGUCUCUUGUCUUUUGAUGAACAGGCGAUUUUUGUGGGAUUGAAAGAGAUAGAAUGAAUGAAUGAAUGAAUGAAUGAGAGAGAGAGAAAGGAGAGAAUUUUGAAUGGUGUAUAAAUAAAAUCAUAUCAAUCAUAAUAGUUCGUGUUAUCUAGAUAUACUACAAUUAUUACAAUUAUUAUUUAUCACAGUAUGAUUAGUGAAGGAUAUUGUAAUUGUAUAAUAAACUGGA